AAGGUGGAAUGGACGCAGAGACGAUCAGCAUCUGUACCAAACGAUGAAGGUUGAGUCAGAUCCAACGGAUUUCGCUUAAAAAUAAGAAAAAGAAGAGCGGCUGUCAUCAUGUAUGGGUUUGUGAAUCACGCCUUGGAGCUCCUCGUUUUAAGGAAUUAUGGCCCGGAAGUGUGGGAAGACAUCAAGAGGGAGGCUCAGCUUGAUAUUGAGGGUCAGUUCCUUGUUAGAAUCAUAUAUGAAGAUGGCAAAACAUACGAUCUUGUUUCUGCUGCAAGCAAAGUUCUCAAGAUUGAUGCAGGAGACAUUUUGCAGAUGUUUGGGAAGAUGUUUUUUGAGUUUUGCCAAGAGUCGGGAUAUGACACCAUCUUGCGAGUGUUAGGAUCAAAUGUUCGUGAAUUCCUGCAGAAUUUGGAUGCCCUACAUGACCACCUGGGUACCAUUUAUCCCGGGAUGAGGGCUCCCUCGUUCCGCUGCACCGAUGCAGAGAAGGGGAACAAUCUGAUUCUUCACUACUACUCAGAGAGAGAAGGCCUACAAGACAUUGUGAUUGGCAUCAUUAAAACUGUCGCUCAACAAAUCCAUGGGACAGAGAUAGAGAUGAAGAUGAUCCAACCCAAAAGUGCAGAGUGCGACCACAUUAAGUUUCUGAUUGAGGAGAAGGACUCGGAGGAAGAAGCGUUCUACGAGGACCUGGAUGGCUUUGAGGAGAACGGCACACAGGAGACUCGGAUCAGCCCGUACACGUUUUGCAAAUCCUUCCCGUUCCACCUCAUGUUUGACAAAGACCUGAUGCUCACACAGUGUGGGAACGCCAUAUAUCGAAUCCUGCCUCAGCUCCAGCCUGGUACCUGUAUCCUUCCUUCAGUUUUUUCUUUAGUCCGUCCUCACAUCGACUUCAGUUUUCAUGGCAUCCUUUCCCACAUCAACACCGUCUUUGUUCUGCGAAGCAAGGAGGGGCUACUGAAUGUAGAGACUAUAGAGAACGAGGACGAGCUGACGGGGGUGGAGAUCAGCUGUCUAAGAUUGAAAGGACAGAUGAUUUACUUGCCAGAGGCGGAGAACAUCCUUUUUCUUUGCUCACCCAGUGUUAUGAACCUGGAUGAUCUCACACGAAGGGGGCUUUACCUGAGCGACAUCCCGCUACACGACGCCACACGAGACCUGGUGCUGCUAGGCGAGCAGUUUCGUGAGGAGUACAAGCUGACUCAGGAGCUGGAAAUCUUGACAGAUCGUCUGCAGCACACACUCAGGGCCCUGGAGGACGAGAAGAAAAAGACAGACAGAUUGCUCUAUUCCGUUCUGCCGCCAUCUGUUGCCAACGAGCUGCGACACAAACGUCCAGUCCCAGCAAAACGCUACGACAACGUGACCAUCCUCUUUAGUGGCAUUGUAGGAUUCAAUGCCUUCUGCAGCAAGCACGCCUCGGCCGAGGGAGCCAUCAAGAUAGUCAACCUGCUCAAUGAUGUUUACACACGUUUUGACAUCUUGACAGACUCUCGGAACAAUCCUUAUGUAUACAAGGUGGAAACCGUGGGUGAUAAGUACAUGACCGUGAGCGGCCUACCAGAGCCGUGCACACACCACGCCAAGUCCAUCUGUCACCUAGCUCUUGAUAUGCUGGAGAUUGCUGGACAAGUCAAAGUGGAUGAUCAACCAGUACAGAUUACUAUUGGAAUCCACACAGGAGAAGUGGUGACUGGGGUGAUUGGCCAGAGGAUGCCCAGAUAUUGCCUUUUUGGAAAUACGGUCAACCUCACAAGUCGUACAGAAACUACUGGUGAAAAGGGAAAAAUAAAUGUCUCCGAAUACACUUACCGGUGUUUGCAAUCUGCUGAGAACGCUGACCCCCAGUUUAAUUUGGAGUAUCGGGGCCCCAUCACCAUGAAAGGAAAGAAGGAACCAAUGAAGGUGUGGUUUCUGUCCAGGAAGCCCACCGACACAGAGUCCACCGCAGAUAGUUAAAGCUUAACAAUUCAUAUUCAACACUAAAACAUCACACGUGUCAUCUCACAGAAGCUUCAGUUUUGUACUGUGUAGUCAAAAUUUCUUUAUAAAUUUGUUUAAAUUUUGAGGCAGGGAUGAGUUGGAUCAGUUUAAAAAAUAAAAAAUGAGUAUCUAUCCUCAGAGAGAUAUUUUUAAUAUGAUGAACCUGUACCAUUGCUCUUCCUGCUCGUUUCUGCUUGACCAUGAUUUGUCGUGACCUCACUAUAUUUUUUAGCGUAGACACAAUAGUGAAGUGUUUCAUGAAUAGUAGAGGUUAGUGACAUUCAAGUUUGAUACAUUUUUGGAAUAAAAUAUUCUCACAUUGUUAUUGUACAUAAAAUCACUAAAGGUUUUGAUAAGCAAAGCAUUUUCCAUAUAUCUUAAAUAUUUUAGUUGCUAAUUUUGUCACGUACUGCAUUUGUUCUACUUAUCAGCCCAAAUAACUAAUGUGUAUACAAAUAUAUUCAAUGACUUGAUAUCAUGUUUGUGCGAAAACAUUACUGUCACUAUUUGAGAGACCCAUUUUUGUUCAUUGUCUGUGAGAGUUUUACGCUGUAUAUGUUACACUGGCAUCAAAACCAUUACAAUUAAUGAGAAUUUAGAUAUUAUAGGUGUUGUAUUUAUAAAGAUUUAUACCACCACAUUCACCAGUACUUUGGCAACAACAUAUUACAUGCCAUUCAAUUUCUAAGAAGUAGGUUUCAUGUUGAUUUAUUUAAAAAAGUCACAAAUGAUACAUGUUCAGCUGUUAGCAAACCUGUAUCAUAAUGCAUCUAUCACAGAGUUAUUAAAAUAGUCUGAAAUGAGAACUAUACUCUUUACUCACUUUUUGUCUGCUUCUGUAAAAAAAAAAAAAAAAUUGAAUACCAUGUUCAGUUAUACUAAACGUUGAGAUAUUGAUCUACAUAUUUAGUUAGUUAAAUGUGUUUUUUGAAAUGUAUUGUUUUUUCUGAUAAGAACUAGUAACUAAGUAAACUUUAUUAAGGGUGGAACUACUGUUUGUGCCUCUAUAAGUUAAACUAUGUUGUAUGUGUUGGAUUAAUUUCACAUGCGUAAAUGUAUCACACUUCCUCACUGUAUUUUUCAGACAAUGUCAUAAAUCAAUGUCCUUGCAAGGAGUCCUCUAACCAUGCAGCUUCCUUUGUAAGAAACAGGUGCCUCUGUACUGUACAAGUCCAUGUCUGUGCUUGUAAGACAUGAUUGUUUUUAUUUUAAUAAUGUUUCUGUUGGGAGGUAACUCAAUAAAAUAGAAUUUUAAGAGUG